UGCCUCCUUUGAUAGUGGCCGCGGGGUCUGGGGAACGCUGCGUUUGCUGGGUGUUCGGGCUCUCGAAGUCGGCGAGGCCUUUUACUUUCCCAAGAGUGGCUGACAGAAGAAAUGCGAUGUGGUCUGAGGGACGAUAUGACUAUGAAAGGCUUCCAACAGAACAAGUACCUCCUCAGACUGAUCCCAUUACAGGCAGGUCUGCAGACGCCGUAGCAACGUCGCGAGUCGCGUGCAACGUGCCCAAUCAGCCCGCGCCCUGGCAGCAAUCCACUGGACACACACACACCCGCUCCUCUGUACAGCCACCUGGUUCCACGCUACAAAGACGCAGAGGACACCGGACCACCAGACCACUGUACUGGGAUGGCUACCAUGGGGUAGUUAAUAUUGUGCCAGAGAAGCCACCACUGCUGGACAGACCUGGUGAAGGAAGCUACAGUAAAUAUCACAGUCAUGUUGGCUACCAAGAGUAUGUUGAGGGUUGCAGUUUUUCUCAUGAUCGAAGAAGUGGUCUACCUCACAGAGGAGAUGAAUCUGGCUAUAGAUGGUCAAGAGAUGAUCAUUCUGCAAGCCGACAGACUGAUUACAGGUAAACAGAUAAAGUAAUAACAGAAGUACUUUAAUACUUCAACUCUCUGCGAUGUGUGCUUCCCUCAGGAUAUAGCUGAAAAUAUUAGGAUUUCAAAUUUUGAAAGGAAGCCAGGCAUAAUCACACAUGCUUGUCAACACUCAAGAGGCUAAGGUAGGAGGAUCACUGCAAGUUUGAGUCCUGCCUGGGGUACAUAAUGAGUUCAAGGUCAGCCUGAAUUGCAGAGUGAGACCCUUUCUCAAAAAAACAAAAUAAAUAAAUAAAGUUAAAUUUUGAAAACAGCAAGCAUUAUAUUCAUUUUGUGACUAUAAUAGAGUGGGUAAUUAAUAUUCUACAUAUUGUUGACAUUUUGUAAUUUAUAAUAAAAAUGCAUACUUUAAAAAUUUCAAUUAAUAUAUUCUUCAAGUUAGUAUUAUUAACAUGUCAUAUGACGUAUGAGGUUUAGGUGUGCUGAAUUACAAGUAAAGCAGUUCUUUCAGAAAUAGCCUUCUGGAAUACUUAUGUUAUUUUAUUUUAUUUUAUUUUAUCUUUUGGUACCGGGGA